CAUCAUCAUCAUCAUCAAGAUCGACAUAUACAAAGGUUUAAGCUUUAAUAAUAAUGGUUGAACCAGAGUUAUUUGACUACGACGAGCUCUUAAAAGCCACAGACAACUUCUCUCCAUCCAGACUCAUCGGAAAAGGCAGCCAUGGAUACAUCUACCUCGCCACUUUCCUCAAACUACUCGCCGCUGUGAAAAAACCUCUGAGCUACUUCCAUGGCGGCCUCCGCCACGAUCAUAAUAAUAACUCAUCAAAGAUUAUCGAGAACGAGGUACGAGUACUAUCCUCCUUAUCCCAAAACUCACCGCCGUUUAUCAUAAACCUCCUCGGAACGAGUCACGACUCGGUUCAAAACUUCCGAGUUAUGGUGAUGGAGUUCAUGCCCAACGGUUCACUCCACGACCUGCUCCACCUCGUCAAAACGCCGCCGUCUUGGCCCAAACGACUCCAAAUCGUUCUCCAAAUCGCCACCGCGGUCAGCUUUCUCCACCGUUCGGGGAUCGUCCACAGAGACAUUAAGUCCGAGAACGUGUUGUUCGACUCGGACUGGGUCGCCAAGCUCGCCGAUUUCGGACUCGCCGUCGCCGCCGUGGUUUCCGAUCACGGAGCGGUGGUGGUUCCAGCGGGGACGAUUGGGUACUUGGACCCGUGUUAUACGACGUCGUCUAAGCUCAGCACCAAAAACGACGUGUUUAGCUUCGGCGUUUUGGUGUUGGAGAUCAUAAGUGGCCGUAACGCCAUGGAGAUCAAUAAAACGCCGACUGAUAUAACCGAAUGGGCUUUGCCGUUGAUCAAGAAACGACAAUGGAAUGAGUUAUACGACAAGAGAGUUCAGUCUCCCGAUGAUGACGUGGCGAGGGCGGUGAGGCAGCUUGCUUACGUGGCGGCGCGUUGUGUGUCGUUGGAGGAAGAUUGUCGUCCGUCUAUGGUUGAUGUCGUUGAUGGAAUGAGCUCGUGUUUUGCGGAGAGACCAAUUCGUAGGUUGUUUUUUCCCAUUUGGAGUAGUCUUUUGAGAAAUGUUAUGUUUGUUCGGAUUAAGGGGCAAAAUGGUAAAUUGGCAAAACGGUGUCGUCGGAUUGAAUGUGAAGAGGAGCCUCCUCCUCCUCAUAUUGAUGAUGUUCUUGUUUCGAAAGGGAAUAAGAAGCUUGUGUUGUUGAGAGACCUACUUUUGGCUAAUCAUGAUGAUGAUGAUCAUGUUGAUGAUUCCAAUUAGGUAUAUUAUUUGUUUAUACACAUAAUUAUUCUUAUUAUAUGGUUAGAAAAAACAGAAUGAAACACAUUUUUUUUUUAA